AAAAUAUAGAAGGAAUAUUCUGAAGACAGUCUUAUAGAUAACAGAAAAUUCGAAGAAGAAAAGUGUUUUACCAUUGGCAACAUGGGGAUUCUAUCCUGGUGGAAAGGAAACAAACAGUCUCAACCUGCUAACAACAACAAUGACAAACCCGCCCAAGCUUCAAGCCCAAGCCCUAACCCUAACCCUAACCCUAAGGCGGUCGAGAUCCCCGGCAUGAACGGCGCUGUGGAGGUUCCUCGGAAGGUGAAUGUGACGGUCUUCGAGUUCGGUUCUGUGGCUGCUACCGCCGAUAACGUAACGCUCGCUGGAUUCUGUCCCGUCUCCGACGAACUCGACCCCUGCCGUUGGGAGAUCUUGCCGGCGAGUGGCUCUGAUGCUCCGCAGUUUCGCGUGGUCUUCUGAGCGACUUCAUCUACUUCUUUGUAAGCCGAGUGUGUGUUAGAGAGUCUUUGUUUUGGAGAAAUUUAGGAAAAAAGGGUUUUUGUUAAAAUUGAGAAGGUAUAAGAAAAGAGGAACAUAGAGAGAAGUAAGAUGUAAUGUUGGUUGGAAUUGGAAUUUUACUUUGCUUUUAUUUUUCCAAUUGAUUUGAAAUAUAUUAUUAAAACUGAUGCAAUUAUUGAAAUCUAUGUUGUAAAAGGAGAUAUGAGUUAAUAUUAGAUAAUUAGCAACUUCAUUCA